CAAAUCAUAAGUUUCUUUCUAUUUUUUAAUGUAAGUAGAAGGCGUAUUCAAUUUUCAUGUGCUAAUAGAGAUUCAAGUCCCGAUGUUUAACUUUCGCAUAGCAAAAUAUUCUAACGCGUUAAACUCAGUGGAUAAAUAGAAGUGAAGUUGAGUGGUCCAUGUUAGUCAGGCUAUUGUCAACGUUUCGAGUCGACAGUCGACUGUGCGCCAUUGAUCUCGAGAUAAAAAAUAAAACUAAAAAUGUCUUUAUCGUUUCUUAUAAUAGUUCCUUCGAGGUGAAUAGAAGUGCUAUAAAUCGUAAUGUGGCAAGUCACAGGUGUAUAGGACAAUAACAUUAUGGCAGAUUUGCUAUCGCGGAGAACUAAGUGCAGUGGUUCCAGGAAAGGACCGCAGUUCCAACCAUGGAUUUGGUGUAUAUUGUUGAAGUGUUUAAGUUUACCGUGCAUAUUUUCGAAAUGUCUCAACGUAGACAUAACAGUCGCAGUGUACCCACCAGGUGACAUCAACAUCAAAUAUGGCAAACCAUUGGAGAUGUUUUGUGUUACGGACAGUAAUUAUUCGACCAGUGAUAUACAGUUCACUCUCGGUCGAAAGCAUCUCGAGUCCGACGUAGUGAACAGCACAACACGGCGGCUGUACAUCAAGAUGCCUGAGAAGCAGUCGUCCACUUACUAUUGUCAAAACUUUAAGAGCAACAAAAUAUGUACUAGUCGAGUACUUGUUGAUAGCCCUCCGAGUGAUGUUACUGAUUUCAAUUGUAUAUCUAAAAAUCUGGAAACAUUGAAUUGUUCGUGGACUAGUCCUACAUCAUUCAGUAGUGUUAAUUACAAUGUAACUUUUGCUGUCAAAAACAAUCUCGUAAAUCCAUCCUGUGUAGCCUCACAAGUGGAAUCCACAAGGUAUUGUGUGUGGAACACAAGUAGCACCCCUAGAUACAGGCAACAAGAAGAUGAGCAAUUCUUUUACAUGAAUGCUAGCAAUGUGUUUGGCAGCAAUAUCCAGAACUUCACUGUAGAUCACUUUUCCAUCGUCAAGCCAGACCCUCCAGAUGAUUUAAAAGUAAUAAAAUAUGAUACUCAUAGUGUUCUUCUCAAAUGGAAAAUUCCUAAUAACAUAGUUGAUUUCUUGAGCUGUGGCGUGGAUCAUAUUAUACAGUAUCAGAUAGCUAAGGUGGAUAACAGAACAUAUUUUCGUACUGUAGAUACCUCCCAUUUACCUACAAAAAAUAAAACUUAUAGAUUUAAUUUAUCAGAUUUACCAUAUGCUCAUAUGCAAUAUGAAGUACGGAUUUACAUCAAAUCUAAAAAGGCGACCAAGAGACAGUUCUGGUCUGAAUAUGAAUAUGUAGUGUUUACUACGGCCAGUGAGAUACCAAAAAGACCACCUGAUAUGAUAGUGGGAGCAUUUGAUCAAUCUACUUUCAACAGUAACAGGGUAAUUAAUGUGUAUUGGAAACAGCUGGAAGAAUGGGAAGAGGCUGGUUCAAAUUUUACAUACAAAGUGCUUGUAUCCCAAAGUAACAAAACUCAAAUUAUGUUCCCAGAAAAAAAUAAAAGUAUGAGUUAUGUUUCAUUAAAUGCUACACUUGAUGCAUUAGAUGUCACUGUCUGGUCAUUCAAUAUAAAUGGCUCUUCUGUGAACAGUAGCCACAUCUACAUUCCACCAGAAAAGGACACACAUUCCUUGAAGGUCACCUCUUUCACUAAACUUGCAUACGAAAAUGGCACCUAUGAGUUGUCAUGGAUCGGAAUAAAAAAUAUUGACAAUUACACACUUUUCUGGUGUCAACAUAAUGCCACUCAAAUAUGUAUCGGUCGAUUGGACUUUGCAGUUCUGGAUUCACACAAAACUAGUCAUAUUAUAGAUUUACCGAGAGAAUAUAGGUAUCAGUUUGCAAUAUCUGCAAAUAAUGGGUCAAAAACUAGUGGUAUGUCUUGGGCAAAGUGUGAUAUAUCAAAAGAGGGGUUUGUGAUGUACCGCUUUGAAGUGCAUUUGAAAUAUGAUGCUCCGACUAAGUCUUCAGUCACAUUACGAUGGCAUAUGGACUGCGCUCUCCAAGAUGGCAUUAUAACUGGCUACAACAUAUCCUACUGUCCAAUUGUUCAAACAAGUAGUGAAUGUGACAAAACUGUUGAAAAUAAACAUGUAAUUAUCAGUGAUCCCCAGCAGAUGUAUAAAACCAUUGAGAAUUUAUAUUCUUUUAGAACAUACCAGUUCACUUUUGCUCUACUUACUAUACAUGGACAAAAAAAUAUAGAAAACGCUACUGCUGUCAUUACAACAUCAGAAGAUGCACCAACUCCUCCCAGGAAUGUUCAAAUUUCUAAUAUCACAUAUGAUUCAUUAGUAAUCACUUGGGACCCUCCACAAAAUAGAAAUGGUAACAUUGGCAAAUAUGUAAUCUGGAACUUUGAUAAAGAAAUUUACGUCGACAAAGUGUCAGGAACUGACACUUCAAAACGCCAAAUAACUUUAAAUGGCAUUCAAGCAUUCACUAAUUAUUCUCUCUCUGUGCAAGCUUGUAAUAUCCCAAUAGGGUUAUGCUCUAAAAAGGGACCAAAUGAUUCUAUUUUUGUCAGAACAAGCAUUGGUCCUCCUAGCAGACUAAAAGCACCAACUGUAAAGAAUCCUGACUCGCUUACAUGGGAACCUCCUGAAAAUUCAGGUGGAACAGUAGAUCUUUAUCAGAUUAGAAGAGUUAAAGAUGACUCAGAACCUGAAAUUCUAAAUGCAACAGCACUGUCAUAUUCUUUGACUCACUGUGAAGGAGUGGUAUCAACAGAGACCUAUGAAGUUAGAGCAGUGAACUUUGAUGAUGACAUUUACGAUGGAGCUUUGGGAGAAAACAAUGUGACACUACCUAAAAGGCCUCCAAAUGACACCCUCAAGGUGUAUCCUGGCCCAUGGAGUGAGCCGAGCACAGUGGCAUGUAGGAGUAAAGAUGGACUGACUAUGAUUCUGAUUUUCAUGGCAGUGUUUGCCCUAAUAGGUGUGGUUUAUGGAUCAAUUAAGCUUUACAAAAAAUAUAGAAAAAUGGAGGAUAUUAAGCCAGUCUUGCCAAAUGGUUUGGGAAUACCUGAAAAAGAUAAUUCAAAGUAUACAUUUAGUAAUUGGAGUCCUACAAACAAAGAUGAAAAGCCACCAUCAGAUGAAAUGUUACUGCUGCCCAAUAGUAAAACUACAGUUUCAGCACCAGACACUAAACAGAAAGCUGACAAUUGUGGUGCGAGUGAUCACACAGAUAGUACUGCUUUAUCAUCUGACUCAUCUGUGCGAGGACCUAUUGAUAGACAAGCCUCUACUUCUGACGAUGGGUCCAAUUCUUCCUUCAUAGAAGCUGAACAAGUCAAAGGUGUAGAAGGUAAGGAAAAUAAAGAGGAUGAGGAAGAAGAUUCAUCAGCAAUUGACACUGAGAGUUCAGCUGAAGAUUCCCCCUAUUUUAGUGAUAAAGCUUUUAAGAAAAAUCCGACCAGUGGGUAUGUGCAACCGGUUGUGAAUCCUGCUACUGGAUAUGUACAGUCGGCGCCAGGGCCCGUAAAGAAUCCACCUACCAAAGUCACAAUGCAACCAACUACCACUAGUUACGUAAUGGCCGGUCUGCAGCCUCCUGUAUUCACUUCGAGCACAGCCGCAUCACCCGUCUGCAAUCCGCCUCAGCCAUCAUCGGGAUAUGUUCUUCCCGAAGAAGCACAGGCAAGGUCUAUAAUGAACUUCCCUAAAUUAGGGCCACCGCCUCCUAAGUUGCUGGGACCUGAAAACUUGCCAACUAUGCCUUCUUUGCCACCUCCAACCAAACACAGCACAGACAAUAGUUACAUCCAGCUGCAGUCGCUAGAUUCCUUGCCUAGUCUCAAGUCCAGCGCGCGCAACCCCGUGCCUCUGAAGCCGCCCGCCUCCAGCGGCUACGUCAGUCCCGCAGACGUGGUUAUCAACAAGCACCUGAACAACAUGAUAACAGGGCAGCACGCCGAGGAGUCUGCCAUAUUGGACCCGGCGAUGUCCCCCGACGCGUACUGUCGGUUCUCGUGGAGCACUGACCCCGCCAACGAUAAUUUACACACGCUUCUCGCCGAGUCGCCCACGCGGACGACCAAGAAUUGAAUCAAUUAUUGCGUACAGAAGUGACAUAGUUUGAUAAAUAGGAAUAGACUCACAGUGACUGAAU